AUGGAAGGGCUGAUUCCAAUGAAUAAAUGUCAUUUACCAGAGGUUCGCUUAAAGCCUGGGAACCAUGUGGAUAACUCACUGGAUUUGUGGAGCAGGAAGGACGUGCAGACGUGCACUCACUGGAAAGCUCCAAUCAUCUGGGAAGGAACCUUCAAUCCAGAAUAUUACAAUAAGGAAUACCGGAAGCAGAAUGUCAUCAUCGGUCUCACUGUGUUUGCAGUUGGCAAUUACCUGGACCUGUAUUUAAAGAACUUUCUGGCCACAGCGGAUGAGUUCUUCAUGCCGGGCUUCCCCGUCAUUUACUAUGUGUUUGUGGAUGAUCUGGCCAAGCUGCAGGCGCUGGAGCUGAGUGGCCAUCGGGAGGUCACGGGGCUGCAGGUGGAGAGGCACGAGCGCUGGCAGGAUGUGUCCAUGCUGAGGAUGGAAACCAUCAGCAGAGCCAUCGAGACGCACAUCAGGCACCAGGUCACCUAUGUCUUCUGCUUCGACGUAGACCAGCAGUUUAAAGGCCGCUUUGGUACCGAGGCCCUGGGCGAGCUGGUUGGGUUGCUCCAUGCCUGGUACUACCGCAGACCCCAAUACUUCUAUACCUAUGACCACAAUCCGCGCUCGGCCGCCAACCUGGACAACUCCGGUGACUUCUAUUACCAUGCGGCUGUCUUCGGGGGGACGUGGCAGCAGGUGAGAAACUUGACUGAGAGUUGCUACCAGGCAAUCCUCCAGGACAAACGCAACAAGGUGGAGGCCAGAUGGCAUGAUGAGAGCCACCUCAACAAGUACUUCUGGUUACACAAACCCACCAGGGUCCUCUCGCCCGAGUACUGCUGGGACGAGAGCAUCGGCUGGAGGCGGGAUAUCCAUGUUCACAGGGUGACGUGGGCCAAGAAACAAUACAGAUUGUCGCGGGUGAAUGUCUAG